ACGACGAAAACAGAAGUCAUAAAAAAUGACAGAAUGUAUAAACCAUGUUUUAUUUAAAAUAUUCGGCUACAUGACUGGUUUAUAGUCACCAUACAACAUUUCAAAGUCUGUUGUUAAUCUUUUUAUAAAAGUUAUUAUCCACAGUAGAGAUACGGCGGGUGAGGUGGAACAACUAAACGAGCGCUCACACAUUAAGGCAGGGUUUCUCUUCCUGAAUCGUCAUCAUUUACCCGCGUCUGUUGAACAACCCACUUUGUUUGGCGGGAUUGAGCACAGAAGAAGCAACCCCAUCGUCUAAUCGGAACUAUGCAGUUUCCUAGCAGAAGAAAGAAGUUCAUCACCAACUCUCAGACGGAGCUCUAUGGACAUCCACUGCAGUUCUACGGGCAGCCUCCUCUUGAAAACAUCUCUCUCACUGAGUUUGAGGCCCUUGCUGUCGACCGACUAAAAUUGUUGAAGACCAUUGAGAAUUUGGGAGUGAGCUAUGUGAAACUGUCAGAUCAGUACACAAAGAAACUGCAGUUUGAGUCGAAAACCCUGAACUUUCCUUACAGACCAGAUGCUGACGACAGAAAAUCUCAGGCUGGACCAAUUGAACUCGAGAAACGAAGAAAGGACCAUAUCUCCCACUUCAUCCUCAGACUCGCCUACUGCCAAACGGAGGAUCUGAGACGGUGGUUUAUACAGCAGGAAGUUGAUCUCUUCCGCCACCGCUUCAAUGACCUGAAUCCAAAACAAAAGCUUGAAUUUCUUCACAGAAAUAAUCUGCAAUAUGAAACAAUUAGUGUCGAGGAGAAGAAGACUCUGAAGGAUAAACUGGUCAAGUCCAGUUACGCUGCCAGUGGAGUCACUGUGGAGGAUCAGGAAUUCUACAAAGUUCCAUUUCAAGAUGCCCUGGAUCUCGUGCGAACAAGGAAAGUGUACCUCAAAGCAGGCUACGUGUACAUCCCUCACCACGACAUUGUCACCAUUGUUCUCAACGAUUUCCGCACUAGGCUAUCUAAAGCUCUUGCAUUGACAGCCCGCUCGCUACCAGCAGUGCAUUCUGAUGAACGACUCCAACCGCUCCUUAACCACCUCAGUCAUGCCUAUGUGGGACAGGAUUACAGCAUCCAGAAGAAUGUAGGGAAAAUCUCCUUGGAACAAAUUGAUUCACUUUCAGGAAAGUCGUUCCCGCUCUGCAUGAGGCAGAUCCACCAGAGCCUCAGAGAGAACCACCAUCUCCGCCAUGGUGGUCGCAUGCAGUACGGCCUCUUCCUCAAAGGUAUCGGCCUCUCUCUGGAGCAAGCGCUGCAGUUCUGGAGGUCAGAGUUCAUAAAAGGCAAAGUGGAUGCAGACAAGUUUGACAAAGCAUAUGCCUACAGCAUCCGCCACAUGUUUGGCAAAGAAGGCAAGAGAACAGACUACACCCCCUACAGUUGCAUGAAGGUGAUUUUAUCAAACGCACCCAGCCAAGGAGACCAUCAUGGAUGUCCUUUCCGUCACAGCGACCCAGAACUGCUGAAGCAGAAGCUUCAGUUCUACAAAGUGUCUCCCAGCGGGAUCAGUCAGAUCCUGGAGCUGGUUAAAGGGAUGCACUAUCAGCUGGCGUGCCAGAAGUACUUUGAGCUGACACACAAUCUUGAGGAUGCCAGUUUCUCCCUCAAUCACCCCAACCAGUACUUUAUAGAGAGCCAGAAAGUGUUGGGCGGAGGCAAGGACAUCAAGCGAGAGAUGGACGCUCCUCAAAGGUCGCAGGAAAACUCGGCCACCAGAGGAUCCAGCGCGGCUCCAGAGGAAGCAGCGAACGCCUCGCAGGAUUUGGCCGAGGGGACGGAGGAACUGGACUCUUUCUUUCAAGAUGCCUGAUUUCUUUUUUUUUUUACACGUUUUUUUCUCUGAGGACUGCAGGUUGCCGGUGGUACAUAUUCCAACUUGAGUUAAAUCUGAAAAAGUCACUGUAAAUGACAUGUUAAGAAUUAAAGUUGCAUAUCAGUCAUUUCCCCACGAUCUCUUAGUCUAUUGUCAACAUUACAGACUUUGAGUUAACCUUGCCUGCACAUUAUAGUUUUCUACCUUUUUAUAAUUCCUUGUUAUGUCAGCAACAAAGCGUCAUUAAUUUUGCAGUUUAAGUUGUAAAAGUAGUCUGUUUUUCUUUCUUUGUUUUCACUCUGGUCUGAACUCAGAUGGCUGAUACCCAGUCUCAGUGCACAGAGUUUUGGCAGGGACGUGCUUGUUGGGGUGAUUACUAGAACAUUACCCAGCUGUCUCAGAAACAAUGUCAUUGUAUUUGCUGGCAGGAGUAUGGAUGAAUGGUGGCAGGCGGAUAGAUGAAAAUAAACAAAUUUCCACAGCUGUAUUAUGCCGCCUUGGAAUAUUGCCUCAUAGUGCACAAUGCAAUUUAUUCAAAGCAUAUGUGGUCAGGAGAUAUUUCCAUCUUCUCUUAAACUUCUGUCUGCAAUAUGUUUUGAAAAAUGGGUGGCAAUGUGAAAGUCAGGAACUUUCUGCACUUGUGUGGCAGCACAGGCUGCUCCUCUAAUCUUUGUCUUUUAGGAGGUACAGUUGUGCACUUUUAUCUCCACUCACUCAUAUGCUUUUAUGAGACUCACUUUAGAUCCAGUUAGAGGCACUGAACAGGUAGCCCUGAAUUACAUGAAUACAAAUGUGUGUUUUUUUUCAGAAGGCCAAGGGAAAUAUUGAAUGUAUGAAUGAAAACCUCUUUCUGUAAUUUAAUGAUUGUGAAUUUUAAAUCAAAUUGUUAUCUCCCCACGAGGGUUGCCAAAUGUAAAAAAGAAAUAUAGCACUUAGUCACA